AUGCAACAGAAAUACACUCGCGGGCGUGGAGAAGAGUAUAAGAAGCGACGAAGACGAGAAAAAUACCUACGUAAGAGAAAGAAAAGAUCGUACGAAGAACAACAACUGCGUGUGAUUGCAACUAGUUACACACAAAAGGAAACUAGAAACUUCUACAACCAAGUGAAUAGGGGACGGAAAGAAUUCAAACCCAGAUCCACGGCGUGGAGAAGUAAGAAUGGACAGCUACUUAAUGACAAAAAUGAGAUCGUUCAAAGAUGGGCUAAAUACUUUCGUGAACUCCUUAACAGUUCAGUGCAAACUCGUCUACUCUCUGUACCUGUACCAGUACCUGAAGCUCUACUAAACAAUCAAGAGACUGAUGAAUCUUUGUACCCCACCAUAGAAGAUACUAUACGAGCCAUUCAAUCCAUUAAAAAUAACAAAUCUCCGGGAAUGAACGAUAUCGAAGGCGAGCUUAUAAAAUAUGAAAGAACUGGUUUCCAGAAAGAGUUUCACCAUCUGGUGCUCCAAAUUUGGAACAAUGAAAAUAUGCCUGAUAAUUGGAAUACAUCUGUUAUCUGUCCCCUACAUAAGAAAGGCGACAUAUUGAAUUGCAAUAAUUACCGAGGCAUAUCUCUCUUGAACACCAGUUAUAAAUUUUUUGCCAAUAUGCUUUUUAAUAAACUAAAGCCAUAUGUAGAAUCCAGCUUGAGAGAGUAUCAGUGUGGGUUCCGUCCAAACAGGUCCACAGUAGACCAAAUCUUCUCCCUAAGGCAUAUCCUUGAAAGAACGAUUGAGCACAACGUGAACACUCACCACCUUUUCGUAGACUUUAAGGCUGCCUAUGACAAUGUGCACAGAAGUUUCCUGUACCAGGCUAUGAUGGAGAUUGGCAUCCCAACAAAGCUCGUGCGCCUGACGAAGAUGAUUCUUAAAAACUCUCAGAGCGUUGUUAGAGUUCAAACAAAUGUAUCAGAACCCUUCAGAACCAAUGACGGGUUAAGACAAGGGGAUGCGCUCUCGUGCCUACUAUUCAACAUCGCUCUCCACAAGUGUAUUCGCGACUCAAAGAUCGAGACCAAUGGCACUAUCUAUCACAAAUCUGUUCAAAUUCUAGGGUAUGCGGAUGACCUCGACGUGAUAGGAAGAUCUCUACCUGCAAUGGAGAGUGCAUACCUUGCUCUUGAAAAAUCAGCUGUGGAGGCUGGUCUCCAAGUUAACAUGGCUAAGAAUAAGUACCUGAAAGCGUCAAAAGACCAGCAAACUCUACUACAAGGAGUUAAUAUUGGCAACAACACCUUCGCUAGCGCCAAUGAUUUCAUAUAA